AUGUUGACCAAAACGCUCGCCUCCGCUAUCCUUGCCACCCUGGCAGCCAUGGCCCAGGGCGUCCCACAAUCCACCCCCAGCAGUGCCGUGAGCGCACCUUACAUCACGCCCGCCGUCGGCGCCACCGUCAUCCCCACUAAAGAGCAAGCGGCCUCCCCUAAGCCUCUCGAUGGCGCGAGCGUCAACCUGUUCGUCUGCCAAGACAAGGACUUCAGCGGGCCUUGCCAGGCGUUGUCUUCGCCCUCGGGCCUCUGCCUAAAUCUCGGAAAUGGCUUCGACGACUCUAUUUCGUCCCUGGGCCCUGAUAGGGGAAGCUGCAACGUCUUCAAUGACAUCAAUUGCAAGACCGGCUCCGGCUUCAUCAACAAUAUCGUCAACCCUGGCAUCAAUGAUCUUGGAGAUGGCGAGUGGGAUUUCAAUGAUCGCAUUAGCAGCUAUGUCUGCUUUGCCUAG